CGUCUUUCUCCCGGGAACGGCGCUAAGAUCGAACUCCCCCCUCGUCAUAAACUUUCAUUGGGUUUACCCCCUUCCCUUCCCCCCUUCACCUUUCGCUUUUGAUCACUUGCCUCGCCGAGUAGAGCAAGCGCGAGCAAAAGACGAAACAGGAGAGACUCAACAAGAGAAAGAAACACAAAAAAAAGUGCCUUGUUCUCUUUCAUUUACCGCACUCCGCCUGCGCUAUCUCACCUUUAGCACUAUAGGAAAUCACGCUACUCAUUUCAUCACCUAACGCGUGUCUGUACAUACGCUCUUACCCUUGAACAAGUAGCAAGCAGCACGUACCUACCUCAUAUCGACGUCGAGUUCAAGGCAGCUCAAGUAUCGGUACAAAUCCCAAGCACUCACUACCUACGCGACAGCUGGGACACGAAGAAUCCACCCUUCACAUCUCUUCGCCCACCCACACACCCACCAGCCCACCUUGCCAUCAAGUACUAGCCGAGGCCAAGGUUGACAACCACGCCCCUACUGCCGCGCACACACGCACACGCACCAACACAAGCGUCCGCGCUCACUGCCCACCUCAGUAACACCUCACCUCAAGUCGGCUUGACCCUACCAGCCUUUCCUGCGCUGUACGGUCCCUUCUUGCUGGCUGCACUGCUGCAUAUACACAUCACUCGCAACAUACCAUUCCAUUAUCUCUCCGACUGAAGGGGUUUGCCGCUUUGCCUACGUCGCAACAGCUGCAUCCUGCCCUGCCCUGCCCUGCUCUCCUGCAUCUCUCGCAAGCCAGAUCAGACAAGAGUCAGUCGCUUUCUCGGGAUUCCCAUCUGCCAUCUCGUCCAAGGUCAGGUCCCGACCUCAGACCAGGCCAAAUCCAGACAGACGCCAACCCCGAUCAAAGACAAGACACACCCUGCGCUAGACGCAAAGAGGAACACUUCAACAUCCCAUCCUCCAUCUGCUCUCCACCCAACCUAUACCCUCCCUACCUCCCUUCUCCUCAGCCAGCGUACCCGGUCCUACGCCUACGGCACCGUUCGCCGCCUUUGGUCCCGGAACCCAUCAACUACACACCACACACUACACACCACACACCCAGCUCGUGGGCCUGCCCCCCUUGCCCUAUCUCCGAUUCUGACGCUAAGAGACCGCUCGGCCAAAACUCAAGUGGAGAGCCCAGCCCAUCCAUUCCCUACCUAGCGCACUAUUUUAGUGUCGCUCUCCCCAGGCAAUACCGUCAACCUCUCCCCAGUCAAAGCGAGCAAGAGACUGAGAGAAAGAGAGAGAGAGAGAGAAAAAGAGAGGCGUCUUUUCCGUGACCUAGCAAAGACAACGCUAUCCUUGCCACUUGGAGAUCCUCGCUCAGGGCCGUGGUUAGCGACUUUGUUGUCAUCACAUCUCCAUUUAACCAUAAACCCGAGCCCUUGGGUGGCCCGCGCUAUCUUGGCCGCCGUCUUUAUACACCAUCGUCGCGCCGCCUCAAGUCUCACUUGAUCCCCGGUAUCACUCGUCUACUACACCAUUCUUCCAUCAUUCUUCUUUCCAUUCUUCAAGUACAAGCCCGCUGCCGCUACUCGAAAGACCGCGCCUCGAGCCAACACAUCAGCCAUUCUUGAACCCGGAAGCAAAAGAGAAGAAGGAGAAGAAAAAAACAGCAAGGCAUCGCCUCCUACGAACCUGCGAACCUGCCGCUGGCUUGAGAACUAAGGACUCUCCGGCCAUUCUUCACGAUCCCAGACGCUCCGCUGAACUGUAGCAUGUUCUUGGUCCCAACGCAACACCAGUUCGUUGACAACCGCGCAUCACUACUCUCUUCAGGCUCGCCACAGCUUGGAGGUUCCCGCCCCGAAGCCGCUGCCAUCAGCUCGCUUCUCACCUCCAUCAGCACCUCUAUGGAACGCAGUGCUACCGAGUACUCGCAGUCAGGUUUGCCUUCGCCUUACCCAAGCAACUGCGGCGACACCCGUUCUGAAGGUUCAUCUGCAGAUCACGCAUCUGCUGCGCAAUACGCGACCCAGCAGGAGGUCCGCCCUAGCAACUAUUCCACCUCGGCGACUCCCACCUCCGAGUACAGCGUCUACCCGCCGUCUGCGCGAUCAGGAUCCUUCCCUGAACACAUUCAGCGAUCAUACCACCCAGCUAGCAACCAUAACGGAAGCAGCGGAGGCAUGGCGCAACAAGCAAGCAGUCCGUCUUUGUCCCAGCAGGAUGGACGUAACCAUCAGGUCCCGAUGCCCAAGUCUGACCACGAUGUACCCAUAGAUCCGUCGAUAGCGGCGCCGAGUCCUACCUACGCGUACGGGCAACAUUCUCCCUACGGUCCUCCUCCGGGUGACAUGUCGCACUCCUAUCAGCAUCCCGCAUACGCGCAACCCCGACCCGACUGGACCGGCUACGGUCAACACAGCGCCGGUCCUUUGACUCCCGCCAGUCAUGUCUUUCCCCCGACCCCGAGUUCCGCCCCUCCCCAGGGUCGUCCCAACCAGUUUGGCAAUCAGGUUUAUUCUUUCGUUCCGAUUCCCGGUGCUCAACAGCACAAGCGACCCCGCCGACGAUACGAGGAAAUUGAACGCAUGUACAAAUGUGGUUGGAACGGCUGUGAGAAGGCCUACGGCACGCUGAACCAUCUCAACGCACAUGUCACCAUGCAGUCUCACGGACAGAAGAGAACGCCAGAAGAGUUCAAGGAGAUCCGCAAAGAGUGGAAGCAACGCAAGAAGGAAGAGGAAGCGCAGCGAAAGGCGGAAGAGGAACGCCAGCGCCAGGCUGCCGCCGCCGCCGCCGCCGCUCAGAACGGCUCGGGCGACCCUCAGUCCGCAGCCGACGGCACAUCGUCGGCGUCCGCAUACGCCAGCGGUCGCCAAGUUCAGCUGCCCCCCAUUGGCUACCAGCCUUCGCAGUACCCGGCCCCUCCGUCUGCUGGAGGUGUGGCUCAGCAACAACUCCCCGAGUACAACGGCUCUCACAUGUACUCGACCAACUACCAGCCCCAGUCCCCCUAUGGCCAGCCUAAUCAGAGCAUGUACAGCUCACAUAACGGCGCUCAGACGUCUAGCCAUUGAGGCAGGCUGACUUUGUAUCGGGAAUGACCCAACCGUAAUCGAUGGAAGGGAGAAAGGACUUGUACAUUAUCGGGUUUCCUUCCGCACGACAACAGCCACUCAUCCGCACAUGUCCAUACUACGAACUUUCACCUUUGUCUCUUUGGGUUAUUAGACGCGCGGCAAAAUUCUAGUUUACGAAGCGACAUCCGACUCAUCAUGGCUUCCGGAUUCCCACGUUUCGAUCGAGUACACGCACAGCAUGAUUCCGAUGCGGCACUUGGCCAUUUCGACUGACGUCUCGGGCAGAUCCGCCUGAGGCUUAUCCAAUUGGCAUCGCGUCACGAUGCGGUGUUCCACAUUUUCCUUCGGUUUUCUUCACCACAUAAGACGAUGCAUGGGCAACGGCUUUUUCCUAGGACCGGUGUGGUUUCUGCAUUUACGAGGACGGCUGAGGACAGUCAUGAUCUGACGAAACGGGUGGAGGCUCGCUUUGGUUGGCCCGCUGAGGCCUUAUUUUCGGGGACACGGACGAGGCACCUUCGCAUCUUGACGAGCCGACUUCGACUUAUCACGCAACCGACAGACAUAGCAGCGCAUCUCGACUUGCCCCAUCAGGCAAAAUCGAAAGCUUUGCGACGCUAUCCACCUGGUCGAGGUUGUAGAGAGGAAAGAGCAGCAUCUCUAGGAGUCGGGGAGCGUUUUUCGGUUCACCAACUCCAUCCAUUGCAGCCGACCCCCUUUUUUUUCUAAUCAGACUUGGACCCCUCGAGGGAGAUGGUGGUCUUCUCGGACGGCGAUAAGGAAUUUCGGAAAACAGGGGAUUUUUCUCGGUAGAGUGCGAAAGCACAGGAUUUGGCAAGGACGGACCUUUGGAGUAGCCGAGAUACCUACACAUACACGGACGUUUAGGGCGUCGACAAGUUGCGUUUGACAGUUUGAGAUUGUUUUCGUAGUUGCGGAAAGGGAAAUGCAAAAAAUCCUCCAGCAGCAUAUAACCAUAUCCAUUAAACCUAGCCUGAAGCAUGAGGUGCCGAGA